UUUAAAUAUAUGACAUAAAACUCCACAGAGAGAGAGAGAGAGAGAGAGAGAGAGAUGGCAAUGGAAGAAGUGGUGCUGCCAAAGCCAUUGAUGAUCUCUUUAGAGGAAGAACACAAAAACUGCGUAAACUACGCAUUCAGGUGCAGUUGGGAUAUUUCAAGAGAGAAGAAUCUGGUUUGUGUGACCAGUGGGAAUUCUUACCUGGGUUCUCACAUAGUUAGGGCUCUUUUGGCUCGCGGAUAUCGGAUUCGAGUCACCAUUCAAAACCAAGAGGAUUAUGAAGACAUGAAGAAGCUAAUGAGAGAUGAAGAGAUAAACCAACUAGAAAGUGUUGUUGUGGCAAAGAUGGGAAACUUGGAUAGGCUUUGUGAUGCUUUUAGGGGCUGCCAUGCAAUUUUUCAUACUUCUUCCUUCAUUGAUCCACAUGGUGUCUCUGGUUAUUCUGGACAAAUGGCAUUUCUUGAAACUGAAGGGGCAAAGAAUGUGAUCGAAGCUUGUGGCAGGGCAGCGCAUGCAAAGAGAUGCAUCUUCACUUCCUCUCUUCUUGCUUCUAUUUGGACAGGUGAUAGUGAAAACAAGAUCAUUGAUGAGUUUAGCUGGAGCAAUGAAGAAUUCUGCAGGGAAAACAAGCUUUGGCUGGCCUUGGGGAAGACCACUGCAGAGAUGGCUUGUUGGAGAAAGUCAAAGGAAAUGAAAGUCAAUCUUGUGACAGUUUGCCCCGGCCUUCUCAUGGACUCAUAUGCUCACAAGGACAGCUCUAUACCCUAUCUUAAAGGUGGCAAGGACAUGCUAAAAAAUGGUCACCUAGCCAUUGAGGAUGUGAAGAAGGCUGCAGAGGCGCACGUCUAUGUAUAUGAGGCCAUGGAUAGUGGAGCAUGUGGGAGAUACCUGUGCUUUGGGAAGGUUGUAAGAACAAGAAGUGAAGCCCUUGAACUAGAAAACAUGUUAAGGGUUCAGGGUUUGUUAUCAGGAGGAAGCCUUGAAGUUUUUGACGAAGAAACAGGUGCAGAAAUAAACAGCAUGCUUAGUAAUGCAAAGCUGGUCAGAUUGAUUCAAGCUUCUCAAAGAUUAUCGUGCAAGCCAGUAGUUUAGAUUCAUGACUGCAUAUUUGCCAAACAAAGAGCGGAGAAUCCUGGUGAGGAAAAGAGAUUGAGAGUAAAAGAGGGAGAGAAUGGUAGCCAUAGAGUAGAGGAAAGCUUCAUGACAGUCUUUACAAGUACUGCGAGGUACGAAGUUUACAAAUCACAUUGCUAGAAAAGGAUGUCGGAAAUUAUGACCAGCAAAUUUAGCGGAAACGGAAUGAUUACUUUGUGGCCUAUGCCAUGGUGCUUGUCCUGUGUUUAGAAGAUUUUGAAUCCUUAAUAUUGAACUAGUAAUCUCGGUAACAAAGCAUUGUUUUACUGAUAAAGCUUGUGAGAUUGAUCCAAUCUUCUCAGAAAGUAGCUUAAAUCCAUGACUGCAUUUGGAAAACAGAGAUGUGAGAAUUCUAUUGAAAAAA